CUGACAAGAUGUCCCUAUGGACUCCCAAGCAUACUCCAGAUGGGGAGGGGUCCUUAACACCAAGAUUUUAAAAGCUCCAGUUUCAGAGCAAGAGUGGAAAACUCACAGGUAAAGUUAUAGUAAUUUCAGGGUCCUGAAAAGACGCAGAACAUGAAGGUACUCAGAAGUCUGGCAGCAACAAUCUUGGCUCUUUUCCUAGUGUUUUUUUUCCUGGGAAACUCCAGCUGCGCUCCGCAGAGACCGUUGGAGAGAAGGAACUGGACUCCUCAAGCUAUGCUCUACCUGAAAGGGGCACAGGGUCGCCGCUUCAUCUCCGACCAGAGCCGGAGGAAGGACCUCUCCGAUCGGCCACUGCCGGAAAAACGAAGCCCAAAUCCCCGACUACUACCUAUUCCAGAGGCAGCAACCAUCUUACUGGCGUCCCUUCAGAAAUCACCAGAAGAUGAAGAAAAAAACUUUGAUCAGACCAGAUUCCUGGAAGAUAGUCUGCUUAACUGGUGAAAAUAUACUAGAUUGUGUUUAAUUAUAGUUCUAUUCUCUUUGAAAACAUGAACCAUGUGUAUAAAACCUUUGGACCCUUUUAUUCCAUUUGUAAUCCUAAGAACACACACAGAUAGUUUUAUUCUUUCAGAAACAAAAUAUAUAUACAUGCUUAGCUGAGAACAUCAUCUUCUUUCAUUGCUUCAGGUCCUGUUUAGGUGACCAAAAAUGUUUUUAGAUCACCUUGUGUCUUACUCUUGAGUUUGUGUUCUUUCCUUUUAAUUAUAGCCAGUACCUGUCUUGAUCUUAGUAGUUGUUGUUGUUUUCAUUUUGUUACCCACUUGCAUUUUGUUUUCACUCAACAGAAAUUCUCCUUCUCUGUUUUCCUUUUAUCCCAUCCCCAAGGAGGUGGGAGGAAGGCAAGAAGCAUGGCAGGAUGGGAAAUAGGAGAGUAUGACUCUCUAUAACUCAUCCAGGAGUGAUCAAUUAAGAAGAUAAAUUGGAUGACUGGGGAGAAGCCCUGUGACAGGAACACUUCAGUGUGGUUGCUGAGAGGAGACAGUCAUUGAGGUAGAAGGUUUGCCAAAGAUCUAGAGCUUGGAGCUCCCUUUGUGCUCUUUGGGAAUUACCUUGCAUUCAGUUUAGAAACAUGGAUCUAAAAGUUACUGGGAAAUAAGCAGAUGGAGACACACUCUGUUGUUUAUGUAUUGGAAGAAGGGAACAAGCCAGUUUUGUUAGAGGUAACUCAUUUUCCAUGACCAAACAGACUCAACAGAUUCAAGUACUAAGCUUACUCUAAUUGACUAGACUCUAGGUUUUAUUUGACAUCAUAGCAUUACAGAAAUCACUCUGAUAACAUAAGUGCACAGUAAUAUGCCUGAUCUUCUCCUUUUUAAAAGCCAACUUGAGUUCAGUACUAUCUGAAUACACCCAUGCACACAUACACACACACGCAUACACACAUACUCCUGUGGCAAACAUAAUAAUGUAUUUAUUUAGAAUUAUAAUAUGACCAUCAUGUUUUUUUUUUUACCUAAUCCGAGUUGUUAUUGACAAAUGUCAUAAGUGGAAAGCAUUGUUAAUUCUUAUUGUCAUCAGUAUUUACCAUUAUUUAGUAGCUCAAGAAUAUCUUUAUGUGAAUAUCUCUGUAACUUGGAAUUGCAAUUUAACUGUGUUAAGUCAUCAGAACUCUGCUUAUAAGAUUUAUCUGUAUCUUGUUUCAUGAUUUAAUAAUGAAACUAAAUUCAAGUUAAUGUAAUGUUGAUCUCUGUCAAAAAAUAACUUGUGAGCAUUAAAAUAUCUGUAUGGCAUUAUAA